GCGGAUAAAAGACUUCUAUAAUCCAGUAAGUUUACCAGAUAACUAAUAGGUAGCAGCAGUAUCGGUUCUUCUAUCACAAAACAUGUACAAUGCGGCUGCGAAAUGCUGUCAAGCGUGGACUUAGAAAUUUUUGUAAACAAAUCAACAUAAACAAAAGUAUAAUCUGUGACAAAAGAUUAGAUUGAACAAAUAAUGAUUUCACGGUUUCAUUGAAUUCAGCCAAUUCAGCAACGCUGAGAUGUGAUAAUUCUUGGGUGAAGGAAGUGAAGGGGAUUUACACAAAAUAUGUGACUGUUUUAUAGUGUAUAAUAAAACCUUAUUUUAUUUACUUAGAAAGUUUUGAUAAAAGGGAGUGAUGAAAAUUAUCAGGGGAAAGGUGGUUGUGUUGGGAUGUCAAGGUGUUGGUAAAACGUCAACCAUAAUAAGAUAUAUUGAAAACACAUUUCCUCAGCAAACUACUCCAACCAUAGGUGCUUCAUUUUUCAAUUGUAGUAUUGAUAUAGAUGAAAACUUGAAGGUUGCGCUGCAGAUAUGGGACACUGCCGGUCAAGAACGAUUUAAAGCUAUGGCUCCGAUGUUCUACCGUAACGCCAAUGCUGCAUUACUAGUAUUUGAUAUAACUUCCAGCAAAUCCUUUGAAAGUAUGAAAGGAUGGGUGCUAGAACUGAAAAGGAAUGUUGAGGAACGUAUGGUGCUAUUUGUUGUGGGAAAUAAGAUUGACUUGCCAGAAAUAAGAGAGAUUUCUCGGACUGAAGCUAUGCAGUAUUCAAAUAGUAUAGGUGCCUCAUAUUAUGAAUGUUCUGCAAUGACUGACCAGGGUGUAGGCGUGAUAUUUGAAAAGCUGGCCUUAGAGCUAAUGAAAUUAUCAGGAGAAGAGAUGAACCACACUUUGAAAGUAACCAGUGAUGCCGAAUUAAUGGCUUGCUCAACUGAACUACCUCCUACAGACACUGCCAUCGAAGAGAUUGUCAAUCUUAGUUUUAAUGAUAGCAUUGCUUAUGGAAACCCUGUGCCAGCAGGGUGUUGUUUCAAUUAAAUUAUGUGAUAUACUAUAUAUCCACCACACAGAAGCUCCUAGUUUUCAUUGUGUCUCAGAGCUGUCUGUAUGACCUUUGCUCUUGGUUGGAGCCACGUACAAGCUUUAAUAGGUGGUAGGAGAGAAACCAAAUUAAUUGAUAUUGAAACAAUGAAAUUACUUUAAAUCAUCAAAGCAUACAGGGUGCCCCAGGCGCCGACGUCAAGCCGGAAACGGGGAUAGGUCGUCAUAAUAGUUUAGCCGUGUACUUACAAAAAAUCACACUUUGUGAUGGUCUUUUGGUUCCCAUUACUACAAAUUUCAAUUUUUUCUUAGACGAGAUGAUGGACAGUGUCAUUCUACGUAGUGGCAGCAAGACAGAUAGUAUCCCCGCUUUUAUUAAUUCGUGGAUGUAUUUAUUAA